UCGCCAUUCCUGGCCAGCCUGAGGCCUUAAAGCACCAUGGGAGGCUGGUGGGCUCUUAUGGGGCUGCUGGCCAUGCUUCUUGACUCUGAGCCCCCACUGUGCCAAGACCUGGUCCUUUUGGCGAGUACUCCCAUCUCAUCAGCAGCCAGAGAUCAGCUGCCUUCUGAGUCUCCUUUAUGAACCUCCCACACUGGGCCCUCUGUGUGUCUUUGUCCAGUGUGCCCCUGGCCCUGCAUUCAGUACCUGCUAUCCACUCAGACCUUGGCUUGCUCACUCGGGUCCCAGGAAGCCUGGGCUUUGGUGCUGGCAGUAGAGGCCUGAAGGUCCUUGGCGAGGUGGGCUGCCUGCCAGCACAUACCAGGCAGGAUCCUAAUCAGAGGCAGGCAGGCCGGGUGUGUCUGGGCUGGGUGGCUUGGGGAAGAGGUGUGGCCCUUCAUUGUCCCCCAGCAUCAGAGGCGUCCACAGUCUUGAGUUUCCAGCAGCUUUUCUGGGCUCGGCAGAGGGUCCCUGGCAUGGUGCUCAAGGCCUUUUUCCCCACUUGCUGUGCCUCAGCAGACAGUGGCCUGCUGGUGGGACGGUGGGUCCCGGAGCAGAGCAGUGCUGUAGUGCUGGCUGUGGUGCACUUUCCCUUCAUCCCUAUCCAGGUCAAGGAGCUCCUGGCCCAGGUGCAGCAGGCCAGCCAGGUGGGUGUGGCCGUGCUGGGCACCUGGUGCCACCGCCAACAGGAACCUGAGGAGAGCCUGGGCCACUUCCUGGAGGGUCUGGGCACCAUCUUCUCCCAUGAACCUUGGCUACAGCUGUGCCGGGAGAGGGGCAGCAAGUCCUGGAGCUGCAAGGCCAUCCGCCAGCAAGUGCCUGUUGCCCCUGGUGUCCCCAGCGAGGACCAGGUCAUGCUAAUCUUCUAUGACCAGCGCAAGGUGCUGCUCUCCCAGCUACAUCCACCCACAGUCCUGCCUGACCACCAGGCCGGAGAUGCUGUGGCCAGUAGUGGGGGCCUGGCUGUAGUCUUUGACACAGUGGCACGCAGCGAACUGCUCUUCCACGGUGACCAGUAUGACGAGGGCCCUGUGCGGCUGAGCCACUGGCAGUCAGAGGGUGUGGAGGCCAGUGUGCUCGGGGAGCUGGCGAAGCGGGCCUCAGGGCCAGUCUGCCUGCUGCUAGCCUGUCUGCUGUCACUGGUCUCAGCAGUCAGUGCCUGCUGGCUGUGGAAACUGUGGCCCCUGCCCUUCAUCAGGAGUAAGCUUUCUACCUGUGAGCAGCUCCGGCACCGGCUUGAGCACCUAACAUUGGUCUUCAGCACCCAGAGGGCCCAGAGCCCCACCCAGCUGAUGAGGAAGGCCAACAUGCUGGUCUCUGUGCUCCUGGAUGUGGCUCUUGGUCUCAUGUUGCUGUCCUGGCUCCACAGCAGCAACCGAAUUGGACAGCUGGCUGAUGCCCUCGUCCCUGUGGCUGACGCCUCUGUUGGAAGGUGGCAGGGUGGGGUCUUGGACAGAGGACCUCAUUGGCCCACAGGCUUCCCUGCAGGGUUUGAGCAUGUGGCCGAGGAGCUGCAGCAUCUGCUACAGUGGCUGAUGGGUGCUCCCGCUGGGCUUAAGAUGAACCGGGCACUAGACCAGGUGCUGGGCCGCUUCUUCCUGUACCACAUUCACCUGUGGAUCAGCUACAUCCACCUCAUGUCCCCUUUCAUCGAGCGCAUCCUGUGGCACGUGGGCCUCUCAGCCUGCCUGGGUCUGACAGUUGCCCUAUCCAUCCUGUCGGACAUCAUCGCCCUCCUUACCUUCCACAUCUAUUGCUUCUAUGUCUAUGGUGCCAGGCUGUACUGCCUAAAGAUCUACGGCCUGUCCUCUCUCUGGCGUCUCUUCCGGGGGAAGAAGUGGAAUGUUCUGCGCCAGCGAGUGGACUCCUGCUCCUACAAUCUAGACCAGCUGUUCAUUGGGACCUUGCUCUUCACCAUCCUGGUCUUCCUUCUACCCACCACGGCCCUGUACUACCUGGUGUUCACCCUGCUCCGGCUCCUGGUGGUCACCGUGCAGGGCCUGAUCCAUCUGCUUGUGGACCUCAUCAACUCCCUGCCUCUGUACUCCCUCGGACUUCGACUCUGCCGGCCCUACAGACUGGCAGCUGGUGUGAAGUUCCGUGUCCUGGAACAUGAGGCAGGCAGGCCUCUUCGCCUUCUGAUGCAGAUAAAUCCUCUGCCCUACAGCCAUGUGGUGCACACCUACCGCUUGCCCAGCUGUGGCUGCCACCCCAAACACUCCUGGGGCUCCCUAUGCCGCAAGCUGUUCUUUGGAGAGCUUAUCUACCCCUGGAGGCAACGAGGGGACAGGCAGGAUUGAGGGGCCCAACCACAGCCCGGUCUUCCCUUCCCUCUGCAAGGGUAAUGUUGACCUUGGGGGCAGGACAGGUCAUACACAGGGUUCAGGUCAGACACACUGUGCUCCUGAGUGAGGGCAGGCCUUGCUCUCGAGUUCCUGUCCUGGAUCUUGGGGGCCUCUACAGUCCCUGCCAGGCAGCCAGCUGCCACCCCAUGACCCCAUCCCUCUCUAGCACCAUCUGCCUUGGGAGCCUCCUGGUCAGCUGUGAUGCCUGGCAGCCCCCAGACUUGCCACCCACCCAGACCAUCUGGGAUGUGCUGGCAGGUCUUCCUGGCUGCUCUCCAGCAAAACCCCCCCAUCAGGUGAGGUGGAAGGACCCUCCCAGGACGCACUCCUAGGGCCCCGAUGCCUUCCAACUGCUGCAGCAGAGUGCCCCCAUCUGGGAGUUGAAGCAGCUGCUGACCCAGCCCCGGCCCUUAUGGAUCGGAGCCCUCACCCUGAGCUGGGCAGGCUGGUUUGCUGGUGCUUCCUGGGGACUGCUUCGUGAGGAGGCUGUUGGCAGGCCAUUGGUGCCCCUUCACUGGAAACUGGGCCAUCUGGUCGGCUGGAGCUGCCUUUUUGGAUGCUGGGUGUCCAACCACCUGGCUGCCCCACUUCUGCCCAGUGCCCCAUGGGGACAGCCCUUUGAUGAAAUCUUCCAUCUUCUUACUGGCUUCUCGUGGAAGGAGGCAGCUCCCUCCUGAGCAGACACUCCUGUGCCCACUGCAUUAGUGGCCUCUGGGAGGUGGUUUUGGCUCUCAGGCCCAGGCUGCCUGCCAGGAUCCUGUGUGGGCCAAGCACCCCAGGGAGAGGGAAGUCUGAAGGUGCUGGGUGGUGUGGAAACGUCUGUGCUGGGGCAGCAAGCCCUGCCCGUCUCUCGGGGCACUUGGGACUGCCCGUUACUCCUUUGCUGCAGGCCACAGCAACACUAAGCACCCAGUGGAGGGUGCUGGUAGGGACGGGUCAUGACCCUGACUUUUUUGUUUUGUCUUGAGACGGGUCUCACUGUGUUGCUUAGCUGGUCUAGAACUGGGUUCAGGUGGUCCCGCCUUGGUCUCCUGGUUAGCUGGGACUUCAGGUAUGUGCAUCCUGUGCCCAGCUCCCUGACUUUGCCUUUUCCUGUGAUGACAAUAAAGCCUCCCAUGUGCUUGGAGCACCA